AAAGACAAAAAGGUAUCUCCCCCUUGGCCCCUUGCCUUUCUCUCCUUCCCUCGGAACCUUUCUUCCAAGAAACCACCUAAAACCCUGCAAGCAAUGAUAAAUUAACCAGAUUCAAAUUUCCCUCAUCUCUCUCUCUCUCUCUCUCUCUCUCUCUCUCUCUCAGAAUAACAUAAACUCUCACAAUUAUAUAAAAACAGAACUUGGAAGAUCAUGGAUGGAUCUGAAACAUACCCGAGAGAGAGUAGCUUUCAGAGAGCGACAUCAACCUCUGCAGCGGAUACGACGACGAGCGUGCACGUGACCGCCCUGGAUGGCCUCGUCAACGUCAACUCCCUCUUCACCAUCGCCGUCUUUGUGGGGCUCUCCCUCACCACCCCCGGCCAGCACAGCCUUGAGAACAACUCGGCCUGCGACGCCGGCAUCGAUGUCGCCAGGAAGCUCCUCGUCUUCGAGGUCGUCUCCUUCAGCUUCUUCCUCUUCUCCUCUCUCGUAGCCCAGGGCCUCAAGCUCGCCAUCAACCUGCUCAACAGCAAAGACGUCGACGAGGCUUUCCGCGCCCACAUCAACCUCAAGGUCCUCAGGCUCGGGAUGAUGGGAUCGGCCGUGGGCUCCGUCAUGGGCUGCAUAUUUCUUAUGCUUUCCAUGAUCAACGUCAUCCAGAUCCGGCUGGGAUUGUUGUCGUGCGGUAGUAAAUCCGCCGUCCAUGCCGCCGCCGCGUUGCUUAUCCUGGUCUCCUCUGCUCUCUUCGUUUAUAUUUCUACUGCCAUAUAUGCUUUUAUGCAGUGAUUUUGCCGUUCGGUAAAGAACUUUUUCUCUUUUCCAAUCUGCGUAUUGCUGCCUUUGCCCGAUGUUUAAGAUCAAGUUCUCAUGGGUUGAUGUAAGGAGCCCAAUGGCAUUGCGUCUAACAUUCAAUAAUGUUUGCCUGAUCUGGGCUAUUAAUUGGGUA